AUGGCCCUCCACGUCUGGUACAAGUGGCAGUGGCGGAAGCUAAUCAAAAUCGAAAAAAAAAAUAGACUUUGCAACGACAGUUAUCUGAAGUCUGGUUUUACAGUCAUGAAAAAUAAACCUCAAUGUAUAUCCAGUGUCGACGAGAAAGCGUUACUAGCUAGCUACAGAGUCACAUUCCGAGUCGCUAAAGCAGGGAAGCCGCAUACAGAUGCAGAAAAUCUUAUUUUGCCAGCAGCCCUGGAUAUGGUUGAAAUUAUGUUAGAUAAGCAAGAGGCAAACAAGCUAAAGAGCAUAUCACUUUCUGAUAAUAACAUUGAACGCAGAAUAAACGAUAUGACUGGUGAUAUUCGAGAACAGUUGGCCGAAAAUUUGAAGAAGAGCCCACAUUUCGCUUUGCAGUUUGAUGAAUCUACUGACGUUUCAGAGUGUGCUCAAUUUAUAUCAUUUGUGCACUUUGAAGCAGAUGAGACUAUCAUGGAAGACAUUUUAUUUUGCUAA